AUGCAAGCUCCGACUCAUCGUACCGGGCGCCAUGCUACGAUGCUUCCAAAUCAACAGACGGCAAGUUGCAGAACGUCUUCACCUUUUGCGAAUGUUUUGUGGCUGCUGGUCGACCUGGCUGCUGACUACUUCAUCGACUCGGUCACCAUUCUCACCACCUUGUACCAGUGUGAGUUCGUCCUUUUCAACUCGAAGAUGAACAAGUUCGUAACUGGAGCGACAGAUAGGAAUGCAACGCCAGUGAGAGGCGAGUACUUCCUGUGCGGGCAGUACCAAACUCCGCUACCAAGCGCUGGCUACUAUGCGACAAAAUGCAACGCAAAUCUGCCGGCACUCAGGUAUGUGAUUGUUCAACAGGUGGCUCUAGGUUACACGUAUCUGCAAGUUUGCGAGCUCUUUGUCUACGCAGCUGAAAACAGCGCCAGCAAAUUCUGGUACAAACUGAGAAACUACAGGUUGCUGCAUGCACCACUGGAAAGUUCGACGAACCGCAGCAGCAUCAACUCCUGCAUUCUCGACUGCGUGAUGGUCGCAUGCGACUUCAUCAACUACAACGAAACGACGAACGCCUGUGAGAUGUUGGUCCACCCGUUUGGCUAUCCUGGUCUAGAUGGCAACAUCAUGACCCCCGCUCUGGGCUGGAACUACUGGCAACUCCUCUAUGCCUAGAUCUUCUUCCAGCUAUUUAAAGUUGGAACUUUCUCCAAACAAAUUUCUUUCGUAACUCUCUUUACGGUAGCAACUUAUUCUUACUUUUAAUAUUAGAUAAACUUUUCGUUUGAACAUUCGUCAUCAAAACUGUUUCUAUCUCUAUCACUCCCUUACCAUGCAUCCUACUCUGUCAUUUCUCCAGCAUGUUUUUCGAUUUCAAAAACUAAAACCAUCAACAAUUAAUUCUAUACCUUAAAUAAUAAUGGUGUUGUUUAACUUUGCUCAAACUUUCCGUGUUAAUGACUCCAGGCUGUCGUUUCUUCACACUGAGACACAAAUUUGAAAUCGUUGACAUUGAAAACAUGUAGCACUUUUAUCAACGUUCAUUUCUUUCACCUAUAUCUGCAUAGCCUUUUUUAAUUUUAAACAACUUAAUUACU